AUUUAUAAAGCAAUUUUUCCUACCAUGGUAGUUAAUUGGGUCCAAGAAUUUUCAUUUUUGGGUGAACAUUCCCUUAAGGGGUCAUUUGACAUGGCUCAAACGAAUAUUAUCUUUGUUUUAGAUGUAUUGCAAUGUAUAUACACGAUUUAAGGUAAAAAAGAUUUUUUACAAAGCAUGAGGCGUUUCAGGCAGAUCUGGGUGAGCAUUCGCUUUUAGAUAGAAUGCAUUUUUUGUCCUGACACUUUCUUUCUGCUAUUCGCACCAUAUGACACCUUUAAGACCCAUCUGUAAAUCUAUUGUGUACUGUUGUAGGAUCAGAUUCUUUAUCAUUCUUAUAGAAUUCACCAAAAAUAAAAAAAACUGAUCCUGGAUCUGCACAUAAAUCUCUUGCAUGAAACUACACACCCCUGCCUCCUCACGACAGCAUGCCAGCCACCUGAUGCUCUGGUCCAGCCUGGUUACCGUGGUCACACUCACACUGUAUCUUCUAGGUAAUGCUUACCUUCAGAACGGCAGUAGGCGUGGCAUUACGGCACGGCUCAAGAAGUUCUUCCCGUGCACGUCUGCAAAAAAGCCAUCCAGCAGUAUUCAAAAUAGUGUCGAGGAUGAGCUGGAGCUGUCUGCUGUACGGCAUCGACCAGAAGGUCUGGAGCAGCUGGAGGCUCAGACACGCUUCUCUCGCAAAGAGCUUCAAAUCCUCUACCGGGGCUUCAAGAACGAAUGUCCCAGCGGUGUGGUCAACGAAGAGACGUUUAAGGAUAUUUACUCUCAGUUCUUCCCACAGGGGGAUGCAUCAACAUACGCACAUUUUCUCUUCAAUGCAUUCGACACAGACCACAACGGCUCCGUCAGUUUUGAGGAUUUUGUUAUGGGUCUUUCCAUUCUAUUACGAGGAACGAUCCAGGAGAAACUUAACUGGGCAUUUAACCUGUAUGAUAUUAAUAAAGAUGGAUAUAUAACAAAAGAGGAAAUGUUAGACAUCAUUAAGUCCAUCUAUGACAUGAUGGGAAAGUGCACAUAUCCCAUUCUUAAAGAGGACACUCCACGACAGCAUGUGGAGAUAUUUUUUCAGAAAAUGGACAGAAACAGAGAUGGAGUGGUCACUAUAGAUGAAUUUAUAGACUGCUGCCAAAAUGAUGAGAACAUCAUGAGAUCAAUGCAGCUGUUCGAGAAUGUCAUUUAACAUCUGAAUAUAGACUCUGUCUGGCCAGCUCAUAUUAUCACCUUUAUACUCCACAAAAUCCUGAUGACAUCGAUGGUCUUAAAAUCCAUACAACAUUUUUAAAAUCAACGAAAUAAUUAUUUUUACAUUUUUUGUCAUAUCCGUUACUUGUAAAAAUAUUAAAGACUUUAUUUAGCACAGAAAUGUGCACAAUUCCUGCAACAUUUCUGGAAAUGUAUCAUUUAAUCCGGUUUCUAUUCUGAGGUCAUGUAACAUGUAAGUAAGAGGAAUACACAUUGUUCGAAAGAUGAGUUUCCCCAAUUGUUAAGCGUUCACCCAACUCGAUUGAAGUUACUAUUGUUUUUAACUUGUGGCACAAGACAGAUACAUCACGAAUAUAUAACAUGCAGUAGAUUCCCUCGAGCAUUGUGAAGCAUUUACAUGCCUGCAUUUACAAGCACAGUGAGAAAUAGUUCAAUCUUCUUUCUGUUAAAAGAGUACAAACGUGUAAAACCUUUACAUGUCUACAGAACCAUUCCAGAAUGUUCUUACUGAGUGAGUGAGUCCCGCCAAACAAAUCAAAAGUAAAAUGAACACAAUGACGAGCAAAAUAUUUAUCUAAAAAUAUUUAUGUAUUUUUUAUUUGCCUACUAGAGUAAAUAUUGAAAGCUACAGGUAGCACUUCAAAGCACACAUUGUAUUUGUCUUAGGGAUUAAAACACACAAACAACAAUGCUGCUUUUAUGUAUCUUUAUUUCCAAGUCCUCGCAAGAAUUGUCACAUAUCCUGCUAUUAUUUUUACAUUUUUUGGCACUGUAUCACCAUUCUCAGAGCAACAGAAUGAAUAUUUAUUUAUUAGGAUAUCAAGCACUCAUGCAGUAUACAUAUUUAUUUAUUUUUCUGCUGUGACCCUCAGUAUUUGUGUGUCUGCAAAGAACGUAUAUUAAAGUCAGAGGAAUGUUGUGUCAGUCUCUCUCGUCUAUGAGGCCGUAUAGCUGUCUUUCAGUGUCCAUCAUUGAUAUGUAUUAACCCAUCAUGUUAUGUACUUGCUUUUAAUUUAUUGUGUUGUUUUUUAAACAUCACUGUUACAAAAAUAAGUAACUAAAUUGAAAUCAAUGCUUAAACACAUCUACAUUCUACUCUACAUGUGUCUAUCGUCACCAUCUAGUGGUAAAUCUGCUCAAUCACAUCAGAUAAAUUUACACUUUAUUGAAUAUUAGAAAUUGAAUUCAUACAAGAACACCGCCAACAUAAACUCAGUAUUUACAUUUUCCAGCACUGUUUUAAUAUCUUGCACCAAUCUUCAGCUUCAGAAUUUUUUCUCACUUACUGUAAUGUGAAAAGCAAAAAUCUUUUUCAAAGAUAGGAAAGGGAACUUCUGAAGAAGAUAGCUAAACUAAAGAUAAUGUGUCAGACAAUAUAUAUUAUUGAUUUAUGACAGAGAUUUUAACUGUAUAAAUGUGCAAGUCGGAUUGAAUAGAAAUUAAUAUGGAUUUGUAUUUGAAGCAAGAUUUUAUCCAUUAUAGAAGUUUCCAUAAUUUAUUCGCAAACAUGAAUAAAAAAAGUUAUAAUAAAAGUUAUUUUCCAUAUGUUGCUCAUUUAAACUGAGACUAUGGGCUUCAUGGUUAUAUGCUAGUGUAUCAUUACACGCUCCCACAAACACUUGAAUGUCUGUCAAAUCACUCUAUUCGUUUUGCAACCUGCAUGUGUGACUCAUAUUAGCUUAUAAACGGAAACAAUUUUUAGAAAUCCAGUGCCUUGAUUUGUCAACGCUCAUCCCAAAUAUAUCUUAAAGAGUCAAUCAUGGCUUAUCUCAAACGCUGAAUGUCCUGUAGUUUUCACGUUUCUGUCUUUUCAAUGCAAUUGCAACAUUGUUGGUCCGUUUCUGAAAACCAAGCCAUGUUUGUUGCACUCGAGCCUUGCUGUUGCAUUUGAGUGUCACGAAUCCUCUUUAUGACGUAGAAAUUUCCCAUUUAAAUGAUGCGACACUUUGUAAGCGACGUGGGAAGCCGACAGCUGCAUGUUUAGUGAGUGAAGGCAUCACGGAUGGCUAGAGAUGACUGGAGCAGAUCUAGUGCUCAGUGUGCAAAUCUCAUGCUUAUAUGUGAAACUAUAGAUGAUCGAGUUUUGUAAAAUAGAAUCAAUAAAGUGAUCAGAAUGUA